ACCCGCGGACCCGGAGGUGCGCCUGCGCGCUCGCUCCUGCCGCGGUGGCCGACGCGUGUGGCCGGAGUCUCCCGCGAGCAGUCAUGUCGGCGUCGGUGGUGUCGGUCAUCUCGCGGUUCCUGGAGGAGUACCUGAGCUCCACCCCACAGCGGCUGAAGCUGCUGGACGCCUAUCUCCUGUACAUCCUCCUGACCGGCGCGCUGCAGUUCGGCUACUGUCUCCUCGUGGGGACCUUCCCCUUCAACUCCUUCCUGUCGGGCUUCAUCUCCUGCGUGGGGAGCUUCAUCCUAGCGGUUUGCCUGAGAAUACAGAUCAACCCCCAGAACAAAGCUGAUUUCCAAGGCAUCUCCCCAGAGCGAGCCUUUGCUGAUUUUCUCUUUGCCAGCACUAUCCUGCACCUUGUUGUCAUGAACUUUGUUGGCUGAAUUGAUCCCAGGAGACUGGAAGAAGGUUCACUUUUUGAUGUGCCCUGGAUAAGAGUUCUCAAGAAGACAACUUGAUGAACAUGUGGAGUCUUCAGAUUAGUUUUCAUUACUGACUGGUUUGAUGUGCUGGCAGAGAGCCUGGAGAAAGCACCAUUGUAACGCACAUUUACCUUGAGCUCUGUCUUCGCCUAAGUGGAACCUUUUACUUUCCGAAUUAAAAACUCUAUGCUACUCUU